ACUAUCUGGGUUUGUACACUGUGUUCUAUUAAAAAAAAAAACUUGCUUAUGGACUAGCUUACUUUUUUUUUUUUUAUAACCCCAAUACAUUAUUCUGCACACACAGCUCAAAAAUGAUCAUUUUUUCCCCUGUGCCCUGAUUGGCCAAACAUACAUACGGUGGUCCAUCUUAACAUGAAACUGCCUUUCUACUUUACUUUCAUCCAUCCUCCAGUCACCUGCUCCCAGGUCACCAAGUUGGAAUGCAGCAGGAAAGCCUAGGGCUGUUACAACCGGGAGGUGUGAGUCAGGCAGGGGGUUGCUGGACUGUGAAGCAUCAAGGACUAUAGUUGGAGAAGGGAGAGGGGAGGCAGGAAUCAGAUUUCCUGGCAGGGCGAAAUGUAUCCUGCACGGUAGUAAUUGCAGGGAAUCCAGCUUACCGCCUCAACAGCCACUCACCUACACCGUCUCCUCCCCUGUCUUCUAACUGGACCAGCAGUUAAACAGCUGUAAAGCCUCGUCUCCCUGUCUCAUUUUUCCCUGAGCUCCAACUGCAAGAGUAGCAACAGCAGCUGGAGAAGCGGCAGCCAGAGAUAGGCAGGGCUGUUGCUAGCAGCCGCGCAGAUCGCCUCCUCCUCACCACACACACACACACACACACACACACACACACACACACACACCGCAGACUUCCAAUAACAACGCGUCUUGAUAUACAUCAAGGACUAAGAGAAAGGAGAGAAGAGCGUUAGUCAUGGACAACAGUUCGUUAACACAUUAUUGAAACUACAAACAUCCACAGCAGUUCAUGUGGGCAGAUUGCAUAUUUUGAAAGCUUGAAGUAUUUUAUCAUGAAACAUACCAUGUGGAAUCUUUGAAGCGUAGAGCUCUGCGCAACACCUGGAUAAAGACCGCCCUCACCUGGUAUGUGAGAGAGCUCCUCUCCACCACCAUGACAAACCAGGAAAAGUGGGCCCACCUCAGCCCUUCAGAGUUUUCCCAACUUCAGAAAUAUGCUGAGUAUUCUACAAAGAAAUUAAAGGAUGUUCUUGAAGAAUUCCAUGGUAAUGGUGUGCUUGCAAAGUAUAAUCCUGAAGGGAAACAAGACAUUCUUAACCAAACAAUAGAUUUUGAAGGUUUCAAACUAUUCAUGAAGACAUUCCUGGAAGCUGAGCUUCCCGAUGAUUUCACUGCACACCUUUUCAUGUCGUUUAGCAACAAGUUUCCUCAUUCUAGUCCAAUGGUAAAAAGUAAACCAGCUCUCCUUUCGGGUGGUCUGAGAAUGAACAAAGGUGCCAUCACUCCUCCCCGUAAUACUUCUCCUGCGAACACGUGUUCGCCAGAAGUAAUUCAUCUGAAGGACAUUGUCUGUUACCUGUCUCUUCUCGAAAGGGGAAGACCAGAGGAUAAGCUUGAGUUUAUGUUUCGCCUUUAUGACACGGAUGGGAAUGGCUUCCUGGACAGCUCGGAGCUAGAAAAUAUAAUCAGCCAGAUGAUGCAUGUUGCAGAGUACCUUGAAUGGGAUGUCACAGAACUUAAUCCGAUCCUCCAUGAAAUGAUGGAAGAAAUCGACUACGAUCAUGAUGGAACGGUAUCUCUGGAGGAAUGGAUUCAAGGGGGAAUGACAACGAUUCCACUUCUUGUGCUCCUGGGCCUAGAAAAUAACGUGAAGGAUGAUGGGCAGCACGUGUGGCGACUCAAGCACUUCAACAAACCUGCCUACUGCAACCUCUGCCUGAAUAUGCUGAUUGGCGUGGGGAAGCAGGGCCUCUGCUGCUCCUUCUGCAAGUACACAGUCCAUGAACGCUGUGUGGCUAGAGCCCCUCCCUCUUGCAUCAAGACCUAUGUGAAAUCCAAAAAGAAUGCUGAUGUCAUGCACCAUUACUGGGUUGAAGGGAACUGCCCAACCAAGUGUGAUAAGUGCCACAAAACGGUAAAAUGUUACCAGGGCCUGACAGGACUGCAUUGUGUUUGGUGUCAGAUCACACUGCAUAAUAAAUGUGCUUCUCAUCUAAAACCUGAAUGUGACUGCGGACCUUUGAAGGACCAUAUUUUACCACCCACAACAAUCUGUCCAGUGGUACUGCAGACUCUGCCCACUUCAGGAGUGUCAGUUCCUGAGGAAAGACAGUCAACAGUGAAAAAAGAGAAGAGUGGUUCCCAGCAGCCAAAUAAAGUCACCGACAGGAACAAAAUGCAAAGAGCCAACUCUGUUACUGUGGAUGGACAAGGUCUACAGAUCACUCCUGUUCCUGGUACUCAUCCACUUUUAGUUUUUGUGAACCCCAAAAGUGGUGGAAAACAAGGAGAAAGAAUUUACAGAAAAUUCCAGUAUUUACUAAAUCCUCGUCAGGUUUAUAGUCUUGCUGGGAACGGACCAAUGCCAGGGUUAAACUUUUUCCGUGAUGUUCCUGAAUUCAGAGUGUUAGCCUGUGGUGGAGAUGGAACUGUGGGCUGGAUUUUGGAUUGCAUAGAAAAGGCCAAUGUAGUCAAGCACCCUCCAGUUGCAAUUCUGCCUCUUGGGACCGGCAAUGAUCUCGCAAGAUGCCUGCGAUGGGGUGGAGGUUAUGAAGGUGAGAAUCUGAUGAAAAUUCUAAAAGACAUUGAAAACAGCACAGAAAUCAUGUUGGACAGGUGGAAGUUUGAAGUCAUUCCUAAUGACAAAGAUGAGAAGGGAGACCCAGUGCCUUACAGUAUCAUCAAUAAUUACUUUUCCAUUGGCGUGGAUGCCUCCAUUGCACACAGAUUCCACAUCAUGAGGGAAAAACACCCAGAGAAAUUCAACAGUAGAAUGAAGAACAAAUUUUGGUAUUUUGAGUUUGGCACAUCUGAAACUUUCUCAGCCACCUGCAAGAAGCUUCAUGAAUCUGUCGAAAUAGAAUGUGAUGGAGUUCAGAUAGAUUUAAUAAACAUCUCUCUGGAAGGAAUUGCUAUUUUGAAUAUACCAAGCAUGCAUGGAGGGUCCAAUCUUUGGGGAGAGUCUAAGAAAAGACGAAGCCAUCGCCGAAUAGAGAAAAAAGGGUCCGACAAAAGGACCACGCUCACAGAUGCCAAGGAAUUGAAGUUUGCAAGUCAAG